UUACUUGGUUAGGGUUAGAGGUUGAGGUUGAGGUUGUGGUUGUGAAUGAUACUUGGGAGUACGUCAAGACGCAUGCUAUUAUGACUAGCUAGCAGAUACCAAUCUUGAUACCAUUAGUCCAUUACUACUUUUCUUUUGUUUUCUUUUGCCAAAGCACCCGUGCUUAUAAAAUUUGAAAGCCGUUCUGCAAAUCUACAAACUUACACUCUCCGAUCCUCUCUCUCUGCAAAUGAAAGCCAUGGCGGUAAAGCUUAUGCAUGCGGUUCAAUACAAUAGUUAUGGUGGAGGACCUUCUGGUUUAAAGCAUGUUGAGAUUCCGAUCCCAACUCCGAAGAAAGAUGAGGUUUUGCUGAAAGUGGAAGCAGCUAGUAUAAAUCCAAUUGAUUGGAAACUGCAGAAAGGCGUGGGGCGGCCUUUUUACCCACGCAAUUUGCCUCAUACACCUGCUUGUGAUGUGGCCGGAGAGGUUGUCGAGGUUGGACAAGGAGUUCAGAAUUUCAAAGUGGGCGACGAAGUUGUCGCAGCUCUAACACUUGCUACUGGAGGUGCAUUUGCUGAGUAUGCAACUGCUAAAGAGUGUUUCACGGCUACUAGGCCGCCUGAGGUUUCAGCAGCCGAAGCUGCCGGGUUACCUGUUGCUGGUCUCACAGCUCACCAGUGUCUCACUGAAGCUGCAGGAGUCAAGCUGGAUGGCACAGGCCCUCAGAAGAACAUAUUGAUUACCGCUGCCUCUGGAGGUGUGGGGCACUAUGCAGUCCAACUAGCUAAGCUAGGAAACACCCAUGUCACGGCCACUUGUGGAGCUCGUAACAUCGAUUUCGUCAAGAGCUUGGGGGCUGAUGAGGUUCUUGACUACAAGACCCCUGAAGGGGCAGCUCUGAGUAGCCCGUCUGGUCGGAAAUACGAUGCCGUGAUCCACUGUGCAACAGCCAUUCCUUGGUCUACUUUUAAGCCGAAUUUGAGUCCAAAUGGGAAGGUCAUAGAAAUUAGUCCCAGUCUAAGUAACUGGCUCACUAUGGCUGUAAACAAACUCACCUUCUCCAAGAAGCAGCUAGUGCAGCUGAUGGUGAAUCCCAAGGCUGAGAACCUGGAUUAUCUUGUUAAGUUGGUGAAGGAAGGAAAGCUCAAGACGGUGAUUGACUCCAGACAUCCUUUGAGCAAGGCUGAAGAUGCUUGGGUUAAGAGUAUCGAUGGCCAUGCUACUGGGAAAAUCAUUGUGGAGCCUUAAGUACGUAGGAGAUUUCAAAAUGUUGGUAUUGUAAAAUUCAUAAUAUUGCAUCAAUUUUCUUAGUUAGUAAAAAUUAAACAGAGAGAUGAGCGGUAGAUUUUCAGUUGUGACGAUUUUUUUAUUUUGAGAUUGUAGGUGGGUGCUUGAUGCCUCAAAUUGAUCGUCACAGAAAAACUAAUAUUGCCUAAUCCUCCAUUUUUUUUAUAUAAAUAAUACUAUUGCAUCA